CAAAAGAAGAGCCCAAUGCCAAUGGCAAAAGAGGUUCGCAAGCUGUGCCGCCCUGUAUCUGGAACUUGGAAGCAUUGGAAGUGAAGGCAUUGGAAGUGAAGGCAAUUGCGAGAUAGACAUCAAUUCUUCCGCCUCUCUAAAAGGAGUCACGGUGCACAAAGCAGUUGUUUCCUUGGCCUGGCACCUGAAGGAGUUGGGAAUGUGGCUCUUGGGACUGAACGUGUUUGCUUGAAUGUAAGCAGGAGACUUGUCCACAGUGCUUCUGGAUGAGACUCACUUUGAGGUACAGGUCUUGUGCAAAGCCUGUGAGGUGCGGCGCCAAGGCAGGAUGCCCAGGAGCAGCCUCAGUGACCUAUAGCUGAUGCUCGCAAUCAGGCGCAUCACUUUCUUCCCCGUUACAGACCCUCACUUUCAGAGUCCCAAGCCGUUUCUACCUCGACUUUUGCCCUUGCGCCGACCUCAAAAAUGGCAUCUUCGCCCUCUGCGCGGGAUGGCGCCGCCCACUCUCUCGUCUUCAGGGUGAUGCGCCUCUGCAGGCCAGCUCUACAAGUAGACCUCCCCCUUCGUGUGCACCCUCAUGACCUCAUUGCUGAGGGCGGCGCCAUACCACCGCUCACAGGCCCCCCUCCUGAUGGCUCGUUCUCGGGAAGGGCAGAGUUGCACAGCUCGAUGGAUGCAUUCGGAGUCACGGGGAUGCUCGUGCUCCCCCAGACUUUCGGCUCCAUCUACCUCGGCGAAACGUUCUGCAGCUACAUCAGCGUGAGCAACUCCUCAGGCCUUGAAGUGACUCAGGUGGGGGUGAAGGCUGAGCUACAAACUGAGAGGCAGCGGGUGACUCUAGCAGACAAUACGCACUCUCCAAUUGCGACGCUACCACCGGGGGGCCGGUAUGAUUUCAUCAUCGAGCACGACAUCAAGGAACUGGGGGCUCACACCCUCAUAUGCUCGGCCGCUUACGUAGACCCGGAAGGGGAGCGCAAGUAUCUGCCUCAGUACUUCAAGUUCCUGGCGUCCAACCCGCUGUCAGUCCGAACGAAGGUUCGGGUGGUCAAGGAGAGCACCUUCCUCGAGGCCUGCAUUGAGAACAGCACAAAAGGCCCGCUCUUCCUCGACCAUGUGCGAUUUGACCCCUCCCCCAAUUUCUUCUGCACCCCCCUCAACCCCGACGAAACCAGUCCGGCCAGCGAUGAUCUUCCACGCUUCCACAAAGAGACCAACCUCAUCAAAGGCGGCGGCGGUUCCAAGUACUUCCUGUACCACCUCACGCGGGUCGACCCCAGCGCCCCCGGAGCUCCGAGCCCGAGCGGGAGCGCAAACGUCCUGGGGAAGCUCGAUAUCACGUGGCGCGGCACGCUCGGGGAACCGGGGCGGCUGCAGACGCAGCAGAUCAUGGGCAACGCGCCCGCACGCAAGGAGGUCGAGCUGCGGGUGCUGGAUGUGCCGCCGCGGAUCGAGGUGGAGAAGCCUUUCAUGCUUUCAUGCCGGAUACGAAACGGAAGCGACAAGGCGGUAGGCCCCGUUCGGGUCGGGUUUCUGAUGGCCCAGGGGAUUCAGCGCAUGAUAGUCACGUGCGGGCCAAAAGCAUACACGCUGGAAGAGCUUCCGCCCCAUUCUUCUCACGAAUUCGGCCUGAACUUUGUGGCAUUGGAAGCGGGAUUGCAACGAUUAUCUGGUGUUGGCGUCAUAGAAACGAGGGAAAGUCGCAUCAUAGAUACUCUUCCGCCUUCAGACUUCUUUGUGGAAGUUAAAUGCUGACAGAGUGUUGGUCGGGCUGUGUCAAACGUUGAUGUGUACGAUGAAGCUCGCCAGGAAAUGCAACCCUUACCCUUGGUUCAAAAAGGGUUCGAUGGUCAUAAAUAUGCUUGAUGUCAGUUGUUGAUACGCUUUUGCAAGCUGAAGAAUUGUGGAGUUUGCCAUAUUUACAUUGAAGCGCUGCAGCUCGAGAGGGGAGCCAAAGUGGAAUCCAUGGUGCCCGUGGUGCUGAA